UCAUGCUGCUGCCAGGUCCAGAGUCUGUCAUGGGUCCCUGUACGGCCUCCCAUUGCUGCUGUCUCCAUCGCCACACUCUGCCAUGUGCCACUUUCAGGUCUCCUCACACACUGCUGGUGUGUAGAAUUUUUUGACAUAGGGUGCUGGCAGAUUACGGGCCUCCCAUAGCUGCUGCCAGGCCCCUAAUCUGCCAUGGGCCCCUAUAUACCGCCUCCUCAUGCUGCUGCCAGGUCCAGAGUCUCUCAUGGGUCCCUGUACGGCCUCCCAUUGCUGCUGUCUCCAUCGCCACACUCUGCCAUGUGCCACUUUCAGGUCUCCUCACACACUGCUGGUGUGUAGAAUUUUUUGAC